CUGAAAUUUUAGCUAAAAUUUCUUUUUGAGUGAUUGGGAUACUAGUUUAUUUUAUGGCAACAAUUAAUCCUGCAAUAGCAAUAGCAAUGGCGCUGUAUUUUUUUUAUUUGAGUUUAGAUAAUAAUUAAGGUUAUAAUAGCUGAAUUGCAAUUUUUAAUAGAUCUUCAUUCAAACCUAAAUAAGAAAUUUGAUUUUUCAUUUCUUCAAUAAUUGCUGAUAACUUUUUACGAUCAAAGUUUAAUUCCUAAUUAUUUUCUGAGGAAGUGUCAGAAUUAUUAUC